GAGCCAGUCGGACACAGGAAGUGGAAUCAAGGUCCUGUCAUUGAAUCGCUACAUUGCUCACAUGGCGCGGUUAUCUGGUUAAAAUAUGGCCACACAGAGGAAAGGAUGAGUAAAAGAGGAAAAUUCAAGUAGGGGUAUUGCUGUUUAACGUUGCCAUCUGUAAAAUUAGUCGCAGUUGUCUUUAAAUCGUUGAAAAUCUGCACUAAUUCAUGUAAACAAACUGGACCUAGUGUGGAUUUCUCCUUAAGUCUGAAGUCUGAGCGCCCACCAUGCCAUUGUCAGACUUUCUGGACGGUCUGAAGGACAACCCGUACUUCGGGGCCGGGUUCGGGCUGGUCGGGGUCGGGACUGCUCUGGCGGUGGCCAGGAAGGGAGCCCAGGUGGGCAUGAUCUUCUUCCGCCGCCACUACAUGAUCACCCUGGAGGUGCCCAGCAGGGACAAGAGCUACACCUGGCUGCUGAGCUGGAUCACCAAGCACGCCAGACACACCCAGCACCUGAGCGUGGAGACCUCUUACCUGGCGCACGAGAGCGGUCGCGUGCACACGCAGUUUGACUUCCACCCGAGUCCUGGAAACCACAUCAUCUGGUAUGGGAGGAAGUGGAUCAGAGUGGAGCGGACCAGAGAGAAGCAGAUGGUGGAUUUGCACACUGGGACUCCCUGGGAGUCCGUCACUUUCACAGCUUUGGGCAGAGACAGACAGAUCUUCUUCAACAUCUUACAGGAAGCCAGAGAACUGGCCCUGAAGCAGGAGGAAGGGAGGACGGUGAUGUACACAGCCAUGGGAGGAGAGUGGAGGCCCUUUGGGUUUCCACGACGACGCAGACCCCUGAGCUCUGUGGUCUUGGAGAAAGGCGUGGCUGAGAGGAUCGUAGACGAUGUGAAGGAUUUUAUUGGAAACCCAAAGUGGUACACGGAUCGAGGAAUUCCCUACAGGAGAGGGUAUCUGCUCUACGGUCCUCCGGGUUGUGGAAAAAGCAGUUUUAUAACGGCGCUGGCGGGCGAGCUGGGCUACAGCAUCUGCCUGAUGAGCCUGAGCGACCGCACGCUCUCCGACGACCGGCUGAACCACCUGCUGAGCGUGGCGCCGCAGCAAAGCAUCAUUCUGCUGGAGGACGUGGACGCGGCCUUCGUCAGCCGAGACCUGCUGCCCACGGAGAACCCUCUGGCCUAUCAGGGGAUGGGGAGACUGACCUUCAGUGGGCUGCUGAACUCUCUGGACGGCGUGGCUUCUUCAGAAGCCAGGAUAGUUUUUAUGACCACCAACUUCAUAGACAGGUUGGACGCUGCGCUCAUCCGGCCCGGCCGGGUGGACAUGAAGCAGUACAUCGGACACUGCGACCGCUUCCAGCUGAGCCAGAUGUUCCAGCGGUUCUACCCACUGGAGCCCCCGUCGGAGGGCGAGCGCUUCGCGGAGCGAGCCCUGGCCGCUCACGCUGAGAUCAGCGCCGCGCAGGUUCAGGGACACUUCCUGCUGCACAAAACGGACCCUGCAGGAUCCAUAGACAAUGUUAGUCAAAUAAAGGGGUGACGAGGCUGGAGGGGGGGUCCACACACCGAAUCCUGAAUAAAACUGAAGAACAGCUCCUUUUUACAUUU